AUGGCAGACAUUGCAUCAGCUAUCGGAGGAAUAGUUUCAGCAGGUCUUGGAAUUGCUAACACAAUUACAAGUAAAGCAGAAGGAAUAUUCGCAACUGUUACCUCGGGAGCAGAUGGAGCAUGGCAUACCGCAACUUCAGGGAUUGUUGUCCAAUUUGAUUCCAUUACUUCAGGUGGAGCAGCAGCUUUCCAAAUAGUUACCCUGGAUGCUCAAGGUAGAUUUUCAACAAUCACUCAAGGUGUUGUCUCUGAUUUUUCAGUCGUUACAAGUAGAGGUGAUCAAGCUGGUCAAUCUUUAACUUCAGCUGGAGGUGCAGUUGUUGGAGCUAAUGGCUCAUCAGAAACAAGUAUUGCAUCAACUAGUGAUGAAUCUUCAGAAUCAGAUGCAAGUUCAGAAUCAGAUGCAAGUUCAGAAUCAGAUGCAAGUUCCGAAUCAGAUGCUAGUUCAGAAACAGAUGCAAGUUCAAGUUCAAGUUCAGGUUCUAAUUCAAGUUCUGAAACUUCUUCAAGAUCAAAUGAAUCCAAUGGAGCAGCAGGUGCUUCAUCAACCAGAAGUGGCUCUUCCUCAAGCUCAAAUGAUGCAAGUUCAUCUUCAUCAAGAUCACAAAGUUCUUCAUCAUCAAGUUCCACAGGUGGAUCAUCUGGUUAUUCAAAUGUUGAAUCUUUGAAUUGGAAAAAAUCAAUUGGUAUUAUAGGAAUUGUUGGUGCUUCAGUUGUUCUUACUGCUUUAUAG